AUGUUGAUUUGGAUUUUCAUAUAUACUUUAUCUUUCAUACAGGACUGGGCAUUACGCAGUGAAGAGCAAAGUUUACUUAUUGAACGUAUUUUAGUAUUGAUACGUAAUGUUCUACAAGUGCCCUCUAAUCCGGAAGCUGAAUGCCGUACCGAUAACGACGCCAGUUUGCAUGAUCAAGUUAUUUGGGCUCUUCAUCAAUCUGGUAUUUUGGAUAUGAUAUUAUAUAUAAUAUCAUCAGCCGAUGAACAUCAAUUUCAUUUGCAUUGCCUGGAAAUAUUAUGUCUACUCUAUCGUGAACAGACAGCGGAAAAUUUAGCGGAAGCGUCAAUGCAACGUAGUCUCAGUGAAAAGCAACGUGAUGAGCAAGAAUUGAUGGCAGCACGACGUCGUGAGAAGCAACGUUUGACUGCAAAACUUCCACCGGUACGUCAUUCGCGUUUCGGUGGCACGUAUGUUAUACGUAAUCUGAAAUCUGUCUCGGAUCGUGAUAUUAUAUGCCAUCAACCCUUAGAACGUGUGGUGUCGAUUGAUUUUGAUCGAGAAAAACAGCAACAGAAACGUUCACAUCGACACGUACACGAAGAAGCCCAGGUGACACGACGCAGUGCCUUCUCCGUGCGGUUAUGUUUGCGCGAAUAUUGCAUUGAAAUAUUAAGUUCUGCUUAUAACACAUUGGUGCGUCAAGUUAGACGUGUCUUGGAACGUAACGUCGGCACCAAUAAUCACGAUGACUCGUUUUUGUUAUGGGCCGUACGUUUCUUUUUGGAAUUUAAUCGGUUAAGUGAUAUGAAAUUAGAGCUCGUCAGCGAAUCCUUAAGCGUGCAAUGUUUUCAUUGGGUGCUAACGCGUAUGGAGCAUGACAUGGACAUGAUUGUCAGUGACAAGAAACAAGCACGUCUUUGGGCCAAACGUUUACAUGUUGCUCUUCAGACAUUCCGGGAGUUGUUACACAGCUUAGUAGCACUGCAAAAGCUAAAGGAUAAUAAUGCUCAAGCACUAUUCGAUAUGUUGGUGAAUAAUGUCUGCUAUGUUCUGGAAUAUCGUGAAACAAUACUGCAUCUAUUAAUGAACUAUAAUGAAGCACACAGCACCAAAGCAUUUUUACGGGAUGUUGUUGAAACAGCAAAUAUUUUCAUAAAAAUUAUGGAAAAAUUUUGCAAAGACUCUGUGGUUGUGCAGGAUAAAAAACGUUUGAAAAAACGUUUAAAUAAAAAAAAGAAAACAGCGGAUAAACACAAACAGGAAACAGAAGAAGAAUUAUCGAAUAGAUGGGUCGAAAUGGCCGAUGAAAUUACACAAUUGUUAACAAACGAUUUACAACUUGCCGAAGAGGAUCAACCUAUUCCGUUCGAUACGACUUCCGAUAAAAGUAUUGACGACCAAAGGGAAGAUUGUUUGAUAAGAAUACAUAAGUUAUUACGCGCGAGAAAAUUGGAUCAUGCCAUUGCUUUGAUGCGCGCAGCAAGGGAAGUUUGGCCUGAAAAUGAUGUGUUUGGAGCGAUGUCUGCUGCCCCUGAAGAUGAAUUACUACUGAUGCGUGAGAUAUUUAUGCAUAAUAUAAGUACAGAUGAUCCUAAUGAAAAUAUCGGUAAUCAAGAGAACUCUGAUGAAAGUGAUGAAGAAGAAAACGAAGAACUUGAAGCCGAAAGCAUGGUAGAAAAACCUUUCAAGUUCGACGACUUUGCCAAAAGAUUACUAAAUCCAAAAAUAGUUCGUGCUUGUGUUAUUGUGCUUAGCGAUUGGGAGCAAAUACCAUCGAAAUCACUGAGAGCAGCUGUAACCAUAUUACAUCGUAUCGGUUAUGGUUGCUCAUGUCCGGCCAUGCUAUAUCAGGCAAAAUUAUUUCGAAUAUUCCAACAAGUCUUUCAUGCCGCUCGCGAUACGCAUCACGAAGAACUGCGUCGUUUGGGGAUUUAUAUAGUGCGAAAGUUUGUCGAGACUGCACCAGCAAAUCCGAAAAUCUACGCUGAAUUAUUAUUUAAUAAAAAUAUCAAGGAAGCAAAUGAACUGGAAACAGGCUAUUGUGACGCCUAUGAACGUGGGACCAAAGGCUCUUGGACUGAAGAACAAGAGGCUGAAUUACGUUUUCUCUUUGAAGAGAAUCAAAGGAAUCCUGAAACUGACAAGGAUGUUAUCGAUUGGAUUUUGGACAAUCUAAUUGAUAAAACUCGCACAAGACGUGGCAUUUUGAAGAAGUUGAAGGAAUUGGGUCUAAUGUUUAAAGCUCCUACUAAAAAAUCUACAAAUAUGCGGACAGACAAAAAUUUGUGGGGAACCGAAGAAGAUGAACAACUGCGAAGCCUUUAUGAUCAAUAUCGAGUGGAAAAUGACUGCUUGCAAAAAAUUCUCGAUGAUUUUGAAGGCAGACGUAAUAAACAGCAAGUUAUUAAACGCAUGUUGCAGCUCCAUCUAAUUGCCGAUAAGUCUGAAAUAAUGCCCGAAAAACCUAAAAGGGCCAAAUCCAAGAAGAAGCAAAAUUCCGAAAUCGAAGAUUUUGAUGCAGAAGAGGAGCUUACAGAAGGAAUUUCACAAAAUGGCGAAGUUUUGCAAAAUCGCAAUCGAAAACCGGCAAAACCUCGAAAGCAUAAGACAGUUCGCGCACCUUUAGACAUUGGCACCGUCAAGAGUUUGCUGUCUCAGGUGGAUCAAGAUACAAAUCAAGAGGCCUUGAAUUGGUUACGUGAAUGCUUAGACGAUGCCGCUGAAGAUAUAGAAGAGCCUUCCGAAGAAGAUGACGGUGUACCAUUAUUACCAUUGCAAGAGAUUCAAAAGCAAGCCAUGGAAGAUGAAAAUUUCCAAAAACUUUUAUUGGCUUUUGGUGUACAACCGCCUGUUUUAGGCAUGGAGAGUUAUUGGCGUAUACCUAUUUAUUUAAAUUCGGCUGAUUUGAAAUUAAGGUCCAAAAUUAUCGCUGGCGAAGAAAUACCAGAUGAAACCGAAGAUGUGAAAAAUGAUAAUAACGAAGACGACAAUGCCAAUGGCGAAGAAAUUAAAACCGCGGAUGAUUCUGACGAAGAAAAUGAUGAUCGAAGUGAUUACUUAACAAAGCAAAGAGAAAAACUGAACACUUUAUUAUUUAGUAAAAGUGAUGAAGAGACCGAAGAAAGACUUCCUUUAAAAUCCAAAACUAAGAAGGAGAAGAAUAAGAAGAAAUUAUCAACAAAUAUUAAAAAGAAGAAAAAGAAAUUGACGUCCGAUUCCGAAGGAGAGAAUGAUGCACAAUUCAUUGCGAAAAUUCAAAAGAAAUUAAAUAAAAAGAAACGUAAUCAAGAUCUAAGUAGCGAUGAGGAGGAAAACGAGGGGGAGGAGGGGAAUGCCGCCGAUAUGUUUGAUCAACUUAAAAAUGCCAGAGCCACCAAGAAAAAUAGUUUGAAUACUUGGCAAGCAAGAUUCGAUGAAAAGAGCAGUGACGAUAAUGAUGACGAUGAAGACAAUGGGCUUUUAAAUUUCAACUCUGAGGAUUACCGUAAGCGUUUAGCUGAAUUGGGCGAUUCGUCAAAUGAAGAAGAAGAGGAAGAAGGAGCCAAUAAUGAAAUUAAAGCAAAGCCAAGGAAAAUUGUUAGUUCUCAGGCACGACGUGCUAAUGUAAUUGAAUCUGAAUCUGACUCCGACAAGGAUGAUAAUGAACUAGAAGCUAAAAACAAUACCAUCAAUAAUAAUGGCACCGGUUCCUUUAUCAACCCGGUCACAAACACUCAACAAUCAAACAAUCAAACUAAUAUUACAUUAACUGGCGUCAAUGAUGAUGUCGAUAGUGUCGAAGAAAUAAUGGCAAAUAAAAAAGGUCGCCAUCUUCGUACUCAUUCAACUUCAAAUGCAGACACUGACCGGGACAACAAUACUAAUAGUAAUGAUGGCGAACAAUUGAAGGGAGGGGACGGGAAGGAUGAGCAAUUUAAAUCGGAUGAAAAGUCAGCCAAACGUCAUUAUCCAACGAGAGAUGAUGAAGAAGACGAGGUGGAAGAUGAAUUAUUGAAAUCGAAUGCAAUAGCAGCCAAACGGCGUCGUCUAGCUAUUAUCGAUGAUGACGAUGAUUAAAAACAACAGUUUACAAUAAAAACAGUAAUAAUAAUAGAAAAAAAGAAAA